CCAUGUGUGACCGAAAGGCCGUGAUCAAAAACGCCGACAUGUCGGAGGAGAUGCAACAGGACUCGGUGGAGUGUGCGACUCAGGCGUUGGAGAAAUACAACAUAGAGAAGGACAUUGCGGCCCAUAUUAAGAAGGAGUUUGACAAGAAGUACAACCCCACCUGGCACUGCAUCGUGGGGAGGAACUUCGGUAGUUAUGUGACACAUGAAACCAAACACUUCAUCUACUUCUACCUGGGCCAAGUGGCCAUUCUUCUGUUCAAAUCUGGUUAAUCGCAUGGACUGUGUCACACACCCAGUGAUCCAUCCAAAAACAAGGACUGCAGCCUAAAUUCCAAAUACCAGAGACUGAAAUCUUCAGCCUUGCCUAGGGGAACACCUCGAUCUUUGAACCUUUAUUGUGUUGUUUUGUACAGGGCGUUCUCUGUACGAAUUUGUUGUGGUUAUAAAACAAUUAGCAAAACAGCUUACAUUUGUAUUUAUUUUCUAUUCCAUAUCUCUACCCCAUGUUUUUCCUCCUCAAAAUCCAUUCCUUUCAAAAAUAAAUCUGUUGGAGAAG